CUUCUCCUGACUUUUUACAGCCACACGUUGCUUUGGAAGCCGAGAUAGGCUCGUUCCGGUGGCCACAGUUUGAGUCAUCUAUCAUGUCCCGCACAUCGUCCCAUGUCUUGGCGCCCCUGGAGAGGAAGAAAACGGAUGUGACGUACACUUAUGAGGGCGUGCGCGGAUGGAAAGGCGUGCGCUUCCUACGACCUUUCCGCGGAAUGUAUCACGAUGUGCGAAGAAGGUUAUCUUACUACUGGAGUGAUAUCAAAGACGCUUGGGACUAUCGCACUAUUGCCAGUAUUGUGCGGAUGUAUUUCGUCAACAUCCUGCCCGCUAUCGCCUAUACGAUGGACAUGUACCGUCGCACGGGAGAGUUUUAUGGCAUCAAUGAGGGCCUCUUCUCUUCGGCUCUGGCGGCCAUGGUGUUCAGCAUCUUGGGAGCACAACCGUUGACUAUCGUCGGGAUUACGGGUCUGAUCUCUCUCUUCAAUUACACGAUCUAUGAUAUCGUCAACAUCUACGAUCCGUCCAUAUAUCCCAACUUCAUGUGUUGGACGGCCAUCUGGGCAGCUGUUUUCCACUGGAUAGUAGCCGUGUGUAAUCUGUGCGAUUACAUGCGGUAUGUGACGGAUUUCUCCAGUGAAGCCUUCGGCAUGUAUGUGGGCAUUAUAUAUUGCAUCAAGGGAGUGGAAGAGUUGGUCAACGAGUUCACCACCCACGGUCGCGAUGCAGGCUAUUUGGCCUGUAUGAUUGCCAUCCUCUAUUUCUUGACGAUCUAUGCGCUGGAGAAACUAGGCUCCAGUACCAUUUGGAAACCUUCCGUCCGGGGCUUGCUAGCUGAUUACGCAUAUCCGUUCGGCACGCUCUUCUGGGUAGGUUUCGCGCAUUUUCCAGGAAACCUGAAAUCUACUCAUAUUGGGUUUCUGCCGAUCUCGCGUGCCUUCUAUCCUACCCAAGACCGAGGCUGGCUCCUUCAUUUCUGGGAUCUUGAGGCCAAGUGGAUUUUUACUGCCUUGCCGUUUGGGUUUUUGACCAUGCUCCUGUUCUACUACGACCACAAUAUCAGCAGUCUGACCGCUCAGGCGCGCCACUUUCCGCUGAAGAAGCCCUCCGGGUUCCACUGGGACUUCUUUCUAUUGGGUUGCACCACCUUCAUUGCAGGCAUCAUAGGGAUCCCUAUGCCAAAUGGUCUUGUCCCACAGGCUCCAGUCCACACGGACUCCCUAACGGUCUACGAGACGACCCUCCGGGUGAUUUCAACCGAAGAAGGUGAAGGUGCCGAGAUUCGUCGUCCCAUCAACGAUGCGAAAGCGGUCAUUGAGCAGCGUAUCUCCCACUUGGUCAUGGGGUUGGCUAUUAUUGGUACAAUGACCGGUCCCUUACUGAUAGUGCUGCAUACAAUGCCCACCGCUGUCUUCGCAGGCGUUUUCUUCACUGUUGGCUGGGGCUCCAUAGAAUCAAAUGGAAUGGUACAAAAGACCAUCUUUCUCAUGCGGGAGAACCGGUUCGUUCAGCGGGACGAGCCUCUACUCACGGUCCGGAAGCGGAAGAUCUUGCUCUUUAUCGUGCUUCAAGGGAUUGGUGUUGCUGCAACUGUGGCUAUCUCCCAGACUAUCGCUGCUAUCGGGUUCCCCGUGUUGAUUAUCCUUCUCAUUCCCCUGCGUGUAUGGGCUCUUCCUAGGUGGUUCAGCGGGAAGGAGUUGGACGUCCUUGACGACCUCACAGCGGACAAUAGCGCGGUCCUGAGCAGCUUGGGCGGUCCCCCCAAGUUUCCUGGUCAGACCGAGCCCACCCAUGAAGGUUUGGAACGCAGGUAUUCGGAGCAACGGACGGGCGUUCCGCGCCAGAGGGCGGGAAGCAUCACCCGCUAAAUGCUAGCAGCUCGUUUAUAUCAUAUCACGGCGCGAUGCACGGUAUUUGUGGCAACCGCGUCGUGUGCUCUUCUAGAGGCUGUUGUGUCUACGCUUUUACUUCCACCCUUUGGAGGUGAUGGUAAAUUGCCCAUACGAUGCCGUUCUGUCAUAGUCC